AUGGCAAGGAAAAGCAAGUCAAAUAUGUCAGAAUUCUAUCUAGAAGAAAACAAAGAUCAGAUAUAUGAAAAUGCCCUUGCUGAGAUCCAGUCCUUUGAGCUGCCUCUUGGAACCACCCUAAGGUCUGUAUAUGAUGACCAACCAAAUGCACAUCAGAGGUUUAUGGAAAAACUAGAUGCCUGCAUACGUAACCAUGACAGGGAGAUAGAAAAGAUGUGCAAUUUUCACCAUCAGGGCUUUGUGGAUGCUAUUACAGAACUUCUUAAAGUUAGGGCUGAUGCAGAAAAAUUAAAGGUCCAAGUUACUGAUACCAACCGAAGGCUUCAGGAUGCUGGGAAAGAGGUGAUAGCCCAAACAGAGGAAAUCAUCAGAUGUAGAGUUCAGCAACGGAAUAUUACAACAGUUGUGGAAAAAUUACAGUUGUGUCUUCCAGUGCUGGAAAUGUACAGCAAACUAAAAGAACAGAUGAAUGUAAAAAGAUACUAUUCUGCUUUAAAAACAAUGGAACAGCUAGAAAAUCUUUAUCUACCUAGAGUUAGCCAAUACCGGUUUUGCCAGAUAAUGAUAGAAAAUCUUCCAAAACUGCGUGAAGAAAUAAAAGAAAUAUCCAUGUCAGAUCUCAAGGAUUUCUUAGAGAGUAUUCGAAAGCAUUCAGACAGAAUUGGGGAAACUGCCAUGAAGCAGGCACAGCAGCAGAAAACCUUUAGUACCGCUCUUCAGAAGCAGAAUAAUGUAAGCUAUGGUCGGAAUGUGCAUUUAGGUAGAAGCAGAUUUAUGGAAUCCAAGAAUGAAAUUACAUUGAAGCGAACGUUUGAAGAAGAUGAUGAACAUGAAGAAGAGGUUUUAACUGCCCAAGAUCUUGUAGACUUUUCUCCAGUCUAUAGGUGUUUGCACAUCUACUCAGUUUUGGGUGAUGGAGAGAUAUUUGAAAAUUACUACAGAAAACAAAGAAGGAAACAAGCAAGAUUAGUUCUACAGCCACAGUCAAGCAUGCAUGAAACAGUAGAAGGCUAUAGAAGAUACUUCAGUCAAAUUGUAGGUUUCUUUGUAGUAGAAGACCACAUUUUGCACGUAACCCAAGGAUUGGUAACUAGAACAUAUACUGAUGAACUCUGGAACAUGGCCCUUUCCAAGAUCAUUGCUGUCCUUAGAACACAUUCAUCAUAUUGCAGUGAUCCUGACCUUGUUCUGGAACUGAAGAAUCUCAUUGUAGUAUUUGCUGAUACUUUGCAGGGCUAUGGUUUUCCUGUGAACCGACUAUUUGAUCUUUUAUUUGAAAUAAGAGACCAGUACAAUGAAACACUUCUUAAAAAGUGGUCUGGAUUGUUCAGGGAUAUUUUUGAAGCAGACAACUACAGCCCUAUUCCUGUAGCAAAUGAAGAGGAAUACAAAAUAGUUAUAAGCAAAUUUCCUUUUCAAGAUCCAGAACUCGAUAAGCAGUCCUUUCCAAAGAAGCUUCCAAUGUCUCAGUCAGUGCCUCAAAUCUAUAUCCAGGUUAAGGAAUUUAUUUAUGCUAGCCUUAAGUUUUCAGAGUCACUUCACCGCAGCUCAACAGAAAUAGAUGAUAUGCUCAGAAAAUCUACAAAUUUGCUGCUUACAAGAACUCUAAGUAGUUGUUUACAGAACCUAAUUAAAAAACCUCAUAUAGGUUUGACGGAGCUUGUUCAAAUCAUCAUAAACACAACACACCUGGAACAAGCCUGUAAAUACCUUGAGGAUUUUAUAUCUAACAUUACAAAUAUUUCACAAGUGACUGUUCACACUGCAAGACUUUAUGGACUUUCUACAUUUAAGGAUGCAAGGCAUGCAGCAGAAGGAGAAAUAUACACAAAACUUAACCAAAAAAUAGAUGAAUUUAUUCAGAUUGCUGAUUAUGAUUGGACAAUGUCUGAAUCAGAUGGAAGAGCCAGUGGAUACUUAAUGGACCUUAUUAACUUUUUAAGAAGCACGUUUCAAGUUUUUACUCAUUUACCUAAUAACAACAAUGACCAUGCAGCUAUGUCGGGAAAAGUGGCCCAGACAGCUUGCAUGUCAGCCUGCCAGCAUCUUUCAACGUCCCUAAUGCAGAUGCUACUGGACAGUGAAUUAAAACAAAUAAGCAUGGGAGCAAUUCAGCAGUUUAAUUUAGAUGUGAUACAGUGUGAAUUGUUUGCUAGUUCUGAGCCUGUGCCAGGAUUCCAGGGAGACACCCUGCAGUUAGCUUUCAUCGACCUCAGACAAACAUAGAAGAGCAAACAGAAACAGUUGGCAUGAGAAAGAGUAUCUUCUAAGAAGACAACAGUAGUUAGUAGCAGGAAGCUCUGAGAGACCAGGAAUCAGAAAGAGGCAGGCACUUGCCAACGUUGUCUUUGAUAAGCCAUCUCCUUCUCCUUUACUAUCCCCUCUUAUGCUCCUCAUACUUAACGUGCUCCUUAA